AUGUACAGGAGAGCAGUGCCGCCGGAAGUACACGCCUUCCCGAUCUCUCCCCACGUGUGCCACACUCUCUUGGUCGCAGUGAUGCACAUAGACAUGGGAGAAGUGGAUACCGAAACCGUGAGACCUAAAGUGACCGAUGCCAAAGGCAUUCUUAAACAGAACCGGGAAUUUCUCGAUUAUUUCUGGGACAUCGCGAAGCCCGAGCGCGAGAUCCGCCUCGCAGCAAUCGAGAAUCUCGUUGAACACUUGAAGAAGUCUGAGAAGUCGGAUGAGCUGAAAUAUUCUCUGAAGAGGCUUGUAGACGGUCUGUCUCACACAAGAGAGGAUGCACGCUCCGGGUACAGCGUAGCAUUGGCUCAGUUGCUGAGCGUCUUCGAGGAGGUCUCUCUUAAAUCAACGCUGGACAGCAUCAAAGAAAAGCACAAACCCCAGACAGCCAAGAAGAAAUUGAUCCGAAAUGCAGCGUUCGGAAAUUUCUUUGGAGUUCUCGCCCUGUCUCAGUCUACACGUCUGCAGAAGGAGCCGCAGGUUCUGCUGGAGUGUGUGCAGGUGCUACAGAGUCUGUCUCAGUACAGAGAACACCUGAGAGAUCUGCCCAGAAAAACCUUAGUGGACAUUCUGACACAGACGUCUACGGAGGUCUUCGAGGAGGUGCUGUUAAAGGCCCUGAAGUCUGACCUCACCUCGGCCCUCAACACGCCUGAGCAGUUAGAGCUCCUCCUCGUGGCCAUACACAAGUUUCCCUCAGUCCUCAAACCCCAAAAACUGAAGAAACUGUUGGGAACCACAACCGUCAUCACCGGAGAGAGUUUGCCAAAGUUGGUGGGUGUGUUGAAGAUGGCCGCUCGCUCUGUUAAGAAGGAGGCGGUGUUGCCGCCGGUGGCUUUAGAUCUGCUGCAGGCGUCUCUGCGUGAGGAGAACUUUGAGAUGUUCUGGACCGAAGCUAUCAUCAAAGGCAUGAUGUCUGAGACGCCCGGACACACACAUUAUUUGAGUUUUCGUCUGCUGGGAGCCGCACUGCCGCUGUUGUCCGUCUCUCAGCUUGAGUUUGUUUUGUCCGGUGAUGUGAUGAAACAUUAUGGCGGACACGUGCUGUCUGCGCAGUUGCCCGAUCGGUUCAAGUUCGCUCCAGAGAUGGCGAGAUACGUGAGCGAGUUCCUCCAGCGCUGCAGUGAUGUUGACAGACAGCUGAGCGUCGUGGUGGGUUUCUCUCGACUCACUAACCGAGGUUUCCCCGUGGUUCCGUCUCACUGGAAGGUGCUCGAGCACAUGGAUCCGUCCGCACUGCAGCGAUACACGGAGUGGCUUAUAGAGGAGUUCUGCAAUCCACAGCUGGACGCGUGUUUGGAUUUCACCACACACAGACAGAAGGGGAACCAGGACACGACUGAAGUCAAGACCGAAGACUGUUUGACCCGCUAUCGUAAAUGGAUCAUACAGCGUCUCGCCUUCAUCGGUGAAGACCAUCAGAUUAAGAAAGACGAGGAUCUGGUCAUGAAGAUCACGAGGUUUAUUUUCUUCCAUGCAUUUUUUGAUGUGAAGAAACCCACCUCAGGUAUUCCAGAAACGACACGAGCGCUUUCAGUGCCUAUAGACAAGCAAACACGAGCCAGCAUCGCUUCUGCUUUCUUCAGUCUCCUGCAGUGCUUGAACUCGAUGCCCGUGUUAGGAGACGCCUCGGAGACGGAGGGUCAGAACUCCAGGAGGAUUCUGGGAGUGAAAGCAGAUGGUACUUUGUGGAUUUAUUGUCUGGUGCAGUAUGCUGCCACACUCCUCAACCAGAGCAAACACGUCCAGAUCAUUCAGGGCUUCAGUUCUGAAGAGAGAGAGGGAUGGGACAGCUUGCUGGAGUCUGUGGAGGCUUUGAGAAAACAAUGCAAGAAAUCUCCGUCCCCCAAACACGCCGCCUUCCAGCAUCUCUUUCUGCUCAUCGGCGUUCAGAUGUUCAAGGAUCCGAAGGAGAGCGUUGAGCUGUUGACGGACCUGCGGAGCUGCAUGGAAAAGGCUCAGGCUAAGAAACCCAAAAAGAAGAAAGCUACAGGUAGUGUGAGCUCCGAGGAGGAGCCGCACUGGGUGGAGGUGGUGGUUGAAAUCCUCCUCUCACUUCUGUCUCAGCCCAGUCGACUCAUUCGUAACGUGUGUCGUAUCGUCUUCACCCGAAUCUGCCCUGAGGUUAAUCAAGGAGCGCUCGACUCUAUCCUGAACGUUUUGGAUCCCAACAAAGAUGAGGACGAAAGCGGUGUUUCGGUGACCGACGAGAAGGAGAAAGGGAAGAAAAAACACAAAGUUGAGGAGGAUGAGGAUGAAGAUGAUGAGGAUGAGGAUGGGAAUGAAGACGGCAAGGAUGAGGGUGAAGAAGACUCUAAUUCCUCAGAUGAUGAUGAUGAUGAGGAGGAGGAUGAAGAUGAGGCUAUGGAGGAAGGAGAGGAGAUGGAUCAGAACUUCCGGCUGGAGUUGAUGAAGGUUCUGCAGGGUCAGAACGCUCUGCCCAAAGAGGAAGACGGGAGCGAUGAAGAUGAGCUGGAUGAUGAAGGUAUGAUGAAGCUGGAUGGAAGUUUGGCAUCUCUCUUUCUGGAGCAGAAGAAGAGGAUGCAAGCCAAAAAGGACGAGAAGGACAGACUGCGAAAGGAAAAGGCCCUCGUACGAGAAUUCAAGAUUAAAGUUCUGGAUAUGGUGGAGAUUUUUUUGAAUAAACAGGGCAGCAGUUGUCUUGUUCUCGGGCUGGUGGAGCCGCUGCUCAGCGUGAUCGAGAACGGCAUGAGCUCGGAGGCCAGCCAACAGGAGCAAGACUACCUGCGCAGAGCCGCUGACAUUUUCAGGAACCAGCUUUGUCGUGGCAAAUAUUACUGCAGGGACGCUAAAGGACGAGAGGCGGAACUUUAUGAGAUGCUGGAGCGCCUGAUUGGUCGAACUCAAAAAAUCACAGACUCAUCUGUGUCGCUCUAUUACUUCAGCGCUGCCCUGUAUGUAGUGAAAGUGUUAAAAGGUGUGAAAAGCGAACAGGACUCCACAAACGAAAAGUCAGCAGAGUCUGAGGGUAGCACUAUGGGUAAUGUGGAUGUAGAGAGGGUCACGUCUUGCUUCAGAGAUGCUUUGACGUCCUUCAUGACACGGAGGAAAAGUUCUCUGACGGGAGCCAUGUUCAUCGACCUCUUCAGCCGCUUGCCUGUUUUGUGUGUGAACCUGUUGGACACUGCGGUGGAAAACAUCACCGGUGGACUGAGAGACCAUCAACAGGGUCAGGCGUGUCUCAUGGUGCUCAAAGCCCUGCAGUCGAAAGAAGUGAAGAAGCUCAUGUCCGACAGUCAGUGGACUGAACUCUAUCAGAAGAUUGUGAAACAGAUCACUAAGGUUUUUGAGAACGUGCAGGGCAAGAGCAAAGCGCUUCAUGAGAAAACGGUCAAAGCUCUGGAACUCUGUCAGUAUCUUCUGAAAACCGCUAAGAAUCAGAAGAUGGCGGUUGAUUUGGAUGUUCUUCAGAACGUUCUCAAGGCCAUGAAUGCAGAUGGAUGUCUGCAGAAAGCAGGACAGCUGGAGGACACGUACUGGAGCGUGAUGAGAAUAUUUGGCGUUCUAAAACCGAAGAUAGAGAAGGUGAAGAAAGUCGUGGAGGCAGAGAACACCGAGAAGCCUGCAAAUAAGAAAAAGGGAUUCCUUCCCGAAACAAAGAAACGCAAGAAUCGGAUGAAGUCCACGGUACUGGAGGGAAUAGAGACGCCCGCCGCCGAAAGUGCUGAAGCAACAGCUGGAGAAGCAGCGAAGAAGAAGAAAAAGAAAAAUAAGAACAAGAAACGUAAACGGCAAGAAGAAGAGACGGCAGCUCAGUUGCCUGCUAAAAAGGCCAAAACACAGCAGAAUCAAAACAAGAACAAAAAGAAAAAGAAGGGAGGGGAUGAGAAAUAAGUGGACGGUGUGUGAGGAUUACUGGACUGGUGUGAUGUUUUUUCUGCUUGCAAAAAGAUUCCACAUGGAUGUUUUUCUGUUUAAAAGUGUUGAUAAAUCCACUGCUGUAUUCACAUUUAAGACAUCAGCUCUUCUGUUUAAUAAUCUCAGCCUAUGUGAGAAGUCUGUAUUGAUAUUUCAUAUAUCUGUAUUUGCCUUUUGAAUGAUACAGCUUUUGUAAAAAGCAAUAGAUGAAAGACUAAAAGGCUUUUAUUGUUAA